CUUUUCAUUUCAUUUUGUGUUUGUGGUUUCAAUAAUAGAAACAAAAAGUAAAUAAAUACCUUAAGAAUUAAUUUCGAGGAAUGCAAAAAGCAUCUCAUAUUGCCCAACAAGAUUCCCAGGAGAACAUACCAACGGUCUUUACUUCCACUGUUAAUAUGAAGCGGCGCACGUUAUCUGGAAGCUGUGCAGUUGGAUUUUUUGUGCUGGCAUUUGGCUUCAUCGCAAUUGCAUUUGCCACACCCAACUGGCUGGUAAGUGAUUACCGUAUCACUGGAGCCAAAUUAGAAAGAUUAGGACUGUGGGUGCACUGUUUCAGAUCUUUGCCGGAUGUCAACGAUGACAGUCAGCGGCGCUUCUUUGUUGGAUGCCGUUGGGUAUACGAUCCAUUUACCACAGGAUAUGAUGAAAUAAGAGGAUUUUUGUUGCCCGCUUUUAUGAUAGCUACGCAGUUCUUCUUCACCCUGGCUUUCAUUGGAAUGUUAGCAUCGGGUAUUGGAGUUCUCAUAUUUUUCCUAUGUGCUGGGCCUGAUCAGAAACAUUUCAUAAAAUUAAUACAGGUAAUUGGAUAUGUAGUGUUGGGAGCAGGCAUAUGUGCCAGCAUUGCGGUGAUUAUAUUUGCUAGUCUCGGCAAUCGGAACAACUGGAUGCCGGAACAUGCCAACAAUUGGUUUGGCUGGUCAUUUAUAUUGGCCUGUGUAGGAGCUGUAAUGGCUCUGGUGGCCGCACCCCUUUUUCUUACGGAAGCCAAUGUACAGCGCCGUAAACGUACUCUAUUUAAAGAAUCGCAAACACGUUUCGAAAUGAUGCAUGGUGGUAAAUAAUAAAUUUCAACUGCAGUAAUUACACUUUGUCACUCAAAUCGGGAUUUAUUCAGUUGUACGUUUUCUAAUUCAAAUCCAUUAUACCAACAUCCUUACAUACGAUUUAUACAAAAAAAAAACACUGGACAAAGCGCAAAUUGACUCCAUAGCUCUUCAGGAGGCUAUUUGUUGGUACUUAGGUUCAUAAAUACACAUACAUUUUUCUUCUUAUUUUUACAAUUCAUUACAUUAUACAAUAAAGACUGUCCGAACAACACAAAAUAACCAAAAACAAAUAUUGAACCCAUUUGCGGAAAUAGUAAUAUCGUAGUGUGACAUUAGUAGUUAUUGCAAUUCGCUAAAAAAAAUGACAAUACAAAAUUAUAUCAUUCCUUAAAAUAGUUAAUCAUAAAUUAUAAGUUAUAAAUUAUAAUUGUUCGAAUAUCAAAAACUUUUUUACGAAUAGUUGUGUGCCUUUAGUAUUUUUUAUUAAAACAUUUUAUUGCAAUUUUUUAAGAUUUUAUUUGAAUCUCUAUUCUCUUACUAGACUAACAAAUUAAAACGAUUACAUAUAAAAUAUUGAAUGUACAAAUCAUAUUAUUAAACAAUUGUGUAAAAAGUAACGACCUAAAUAAUAUUGCAUUUUAAUUGCGAAUGUAUAAAUGCAACAUAUUUACAUCUAUACAUAUUAUGUAUUUAUUUAGUAUAUGUAAAAUUUACGACUGAUGUUUAUUUCGGUCAUAACAAUAUAUUUUUUUGUGUAUUAUUAAGAUAUUCAUUCCGUCCAUGUUUAUACAAAUUACAAUAUUUUAAUAAAGAAACAAAUAAAGCCAUUGUUUAAUAUUUUUUCCCAUGAAUGUGUAAACAAUUUGUGGUAAGCAA